CAAUUUUGGUCAACCUUGCGGCCCAAUAGAAUCAUUUUGACAACAUCGUGGGGGUUUUAUGUUCAUUGAGCACUGCAAUAUCAUAGUUUUAUAUUCUGUCUCCACCGCAACCCGCACAAACUUUCUAAUACGCCAUGAAUAAUAAAUUUGAUGCGCUUAAGCUGGAAGACAGUGGCGAAGAUGAUGAAGGGAGUCAGAUUGACACUUUCCGGCCUGCGCCUAAACCUGGGCCUGGUGAGCACCCCCUCCAGUUCAACUAUUCUAUCUGGUUUUCAAAACGAACUCCUGGUAAUAAAACAAGUACAACCUUUGGUCAGCACUUGAAAUUUGUGGCAUCAUUUGCAUCUGUUGAACAGUUUUGGGCAGUGUACAGUCACCUUGCGCGUCCCAGUGAACUAACAGGCCACAGUGAUUAUCAUUUGUUCAAGGAAGGCAUUCGUCCUAUGUGGGAGGAUGAUGCCAACAAGCUUGGAGGCAAGUGGAUCAUCAGAUUAAAGAAAGGGCUUGCUUCACGAUGCUGGGAGAAUCUUGUACUGGCCAUGCUGGGAGAGCAGUUUGUGGUUGGUGAGGAGAUCUGUGGGGCUGUUGUCUCAGUCCGGUUCCAGGAUGACAUCUUGUCUCUCUGGAACAGAACGGCAUCAGACCAGGCCACGACAAUAAGGAUACGAGAUACACUUAAACGAGUCUUGCAUCUUCCCUCAAAUACUGUUAUGGAGUACAAGACACAUACAGACAGCCUCAAAGAUCAUUCAAGUUUCCGAAACACUGACAAGUUUAGAUGACAAAGCUUCACUCACCAAUCUUCUUGAUCCUGAUGGCAUAGUUGUCCUGUUACUCCUGCUUCCAGAUCACCCUGAGCAUUCACUGAUUUUUCUGGGACUUUAAUUCUUGUACAUAGUACAUUCAGCAAUAAAUGAAAUGCUGUUUUUCUCUAGUGGA